AGAAAGCUUCAAAUAUAUAUUGUUCCCGCUCUCAGACGACAUUGUGACCAUGGAGACGGAAAUAGGAACUAGGAAACCUGAGAAUGCAGAGGUGAUCCGUCCCCAGGUGAGGAAUCAGACCUGAAGGACCAGAAGCAAAGCUCCUCUCAGUCUGGUCUGCACCUGUGGAUGUGUCUGUCUCUGUGUCUGUGUCUCCAUCAGUAUGAACCUGCCGCUGCUUCUGCUCUGUGUCCUCCUGGAGCUCCUCGUGGUGAGCUGUCAAGAUGUGAUACAGCCUCGUAUCAUUGGUGGAUACGUCCCGGCGCCGCAUGCCAUUAAGUACAUCGUGUCCAUUCAGAGCGCUACGGGCCAGCACUUCUGUGGUGGGACCUUGAUUAACAAAUACUGGAUCCUGACCGCAGCACACUGCAAUAUAGGGGUGGCAAACAUGAGGAUCGUGGCUGGAGAUUUUUCUGUGGGAUUAUAUGAGGGGACAGAGCAGUUCCGCAGGCCUCAUGUUUUAAUACCUCACCCACACUACAACAGAGCCACCAAUAAUGCAGACAUCAUGCUCAUUAAGCUGCAGUCUCCCAUCUAUCUGAACAGCUAUGUGUCUCUUGCGCCAUUGCCUAGGCAGGACACCAUGGUGGCCAUGGGUUGCAUGUGCACGGUGUCCGGCUGGGGCUUCACCACUCCAACGGGAGGAAUACCUGAAACACUGCGCACGGUCAAACUGCCCAUCGUGUCCAGUGCAGUGUGUAAUGGCACAGACUCUUUUAAUGGAAACAUCACAGAGAAUAUGAUCUGUGCAGGAUACAGCGAAGGAGGAAAAGAUGCAUGCAAGGGGGAUUCUGGAGGGCCGCUGGUGUGUGAGGGCCACGUCUAUGGUAUCGUCUCCUGGGGCAAUGGCUGUGGUGAUGCCCAGUACCCUGGUGUCUACACGUCUGUCUCAAGGUUUCGUCAAUGGAUCGAUGAAACUAUAUUUGGCUUUUAUGGAAGGUGCCUCAAGUAUUAGGCUGCAGUGUUACCCCAGCACUUCCCUCGAAAUAUGCCAACACGAAUACUGUUGCUACUUUCUUCUGUUUGAAAAGUUAGGACUUUUGAUGAUUUCCAGAUGAGUACAACGCUGUUCUGAAACAGCACGUCUGUUCCUCAACAGCUGGUAGACCUUUUUUAAACAAGUAGUUUGUACAAACUGUUUUUUAAAUGUGCCAUAUUGCUGCUUCCCUGCAAUGUCAGUGAAAACUAACAAUAGAAAGCUAAAGGAAUGUUUAAAAUAAAAAAAAAAACACAUAUUACACAUGCUUUUAUAUGGAAUGGUACACGUGAGAACGUAAUAUUCAACUUUAAAAUAAUCGAAUCAAACAGACUUAAUUUGUAACCAAAGCGGUUACACACUUACAAGUAAAAUGGGUAGUUCACUCAAAAAUGAAAUUGUCAAUUUACUCACCGUCAUGAUUUGUCAACCUGUAUAAAUAUG